AUCAUGUCCACCUUGAAACACAAAAAUAAAUCUAACACCAUCAGGAUGAUACAAAUAUGGAUUGCUCUGAUUUUACUUCAUCAAGGACACUCACUGAUUUCAGUCACCACAAGCCAACUUGGUGAACCUGUAAGCUUCAUAUGCUGGUUCUCUGAUUUGCAGUACAGCAACACUCGAGUCAAGUGGUAUAAACAGAGUAUUGGAGAUACUCUUGUAUUAAUAACAACACUGGUAAAGGGGACUGCUCAUCCUGCAUUGGAGAAAGGGUUUACUCCCUCACGAUUUAUUGCAAACUAUACCACAUCCAAAAGCACAUUAACCAUUCUGAAAACUAUUAAAGAAGAUGAAGCAAUGUAUCAUUGUGCAGUCUCUACCUGGAAGACAGAUGAGUGGUCUGGAACAUUUUUGUCUUUAAAAGAAAGCAAUACAAGAACAAUAAACUACACUGUUGUUCAGUCGCCAACAGUAUCUGAUCCAGUUGAGCCUGCGGAGUCUAUUACCCUCCAGUGUUCCGUCUUCUCUGAUUCCCAGACGGGAUCCUGUCCAAGCGAAGGCAGGGUGUUAUGGUUUGGAGUCAGAAAAGACAGAUUCCUUGGAAGCAUAAUGUACACAGAUGGAAACACACCUUACGAGUGUGACAGGAAACCUGAAACAUCAUCCGAUUCAAAGAGCUGUGUUUAUCACUUCUUAAAGAACAUCAGCUCCUCUGAUAAUGGGAUUUACUACUGUGCGCUAGCAAUGUGCGGGGAGAUUAUAUUUGGAAAUGGAACCAAAGUUGAAAUUGAAGUUGAAGGCAGAAGAUGGUCACAUGGUCUGCUUCUGAUGUGUACUCCUGUUGCUAUAUGUGGACUUAUCUUUGUUAUUACCAUCAUCAGGACAAAGUGGGAGUUUUGCGCUAAAAAUAGACUUCAAGAAAAUGCUCAAAAGCAGAAUUUAAAGAAAGAAGAGGAUACACAGAUUUACUCUACUGCCGUCUUCACUAUGAUAAAAAAUAUGAGCCACGAAGGAAAACAUGCAAAGGCAGUGAAAGGACGAAAGACCUAUGCUGCUCUCAAGCCUUUCGGAGUGGAAUAGCAAGUCAAUGCUGGGACUAUUUUGUAUCACCAUCAACCACAUAACUACAGCAGGAGGCCUUAUACAGCUCCAUGAUGGGACUAAGCUUUUACUGUGGAAAUGAAAGUGAUAGAUUUUGGACAAGACUGCAAAACUAAAAGUGAACCGUCUCUAGUGGCCAUUAAUGCCAUUAACUUUCACUGAUGUCUUUUUUAUGCAUUAUGAUAUAUGGCUCGACAUGAAGUAAUGGUAAUUGUUUUUAUUACAAUAUAAAUCGAUUUACACACUUUAAAACAUUUAUUUACAGACUUCAAACACUGUUCUAGUCUAAUCACAAUACUGAUCUGUUAAGGUUAGCAGAGUCAGCCUUCAAAACCAAGAAAGUCUUAAGCUAAACUCUUUUCAAAGGCAACAUUUUCCAAGAGAAAACCAGUAAAGAUAAUUUUUUAUGAAACUGAUACAGGGGCCUGUGCUAAUUGUGAAAGUAACUGAACAAAACAAUGAUAGACCUGUUUCACUGUCUUCCUGCUAAUCUGAUAUAAAAAAGAGAAACCACAAAGCAAGAAGCUUCUGCACUCCGUGCAUUACAAAGGUGUUAAAAUGAUAAAAGUUUGCAUGACCCUUUUUCCAUAGUGUGAACCAUCUAUGAAACCAAGUUUAUCUUUUACACUUACCCGUUAUAUUUGUGAUGCAUUUUUAAUAAACAUUUCAACAAAUA